AUGAGUCAGGUCAGGACAGGACGGAGAAGGAGGUCCAGCAGUAUCAUAUACCAGGAACCCCCAGAAUCUAUAGAACAUACAAAUGACCAGGCUGCUCUACCAAACCUGAAUGCGAAUUGGGUUAAUGCAAAAGGUGCCUGGACCAUCCACUUUGUCUUGAUCAUAGCGUUAAAGAUAUUUUACGAUAUCAUACCGGGCGUAUCCCAAGAGACCUCAUGGACGCUCACCAACAUAUCCUACAUGUUCGGCUCGUUUCUCAUGUUCCACUGGGUGAGAGGGGUGCCUUUUGAAUUCAACGGUGGAGCCUAUGAUAAUCUCAACAUGUGGGAGCAAAUCGACAAUGGCGACCAAUAUACCCCGGCCAAGAAAUUCCUUUUAAGCGUCCCGAUCAUCCUCUUUCUCCUGAGUACGCAUUACACACAUUAUGACUUGACAUAUUUCAUUAUCAACUUCUUAGCUGUUCUCGGAGUUGUCAUCCCAAAGCUACCCAUAUCACAUCGCAUGCGAAUAGGAUGGUUGGCGGAUGACCCGGAAGAUUAA